AUGGAGCGGAAAUGGAAGUACUUAGUAGUGGAAGGUUGUCAUUUCAGCGAAUUAGACACAAUGGCCACUGCAGGCUUUGCAUUUAGUGUGAUUGGAUGCAAGAGAUGCAGGCACAGCCACGCCACAAGUCCUGACGAGGCUGCAAGCUCACCCGAGCAUAGUUCUACAUCUCCUCGCAUGGAGCAUCAACAACCGCAUAUCUUGGAAAAUCCCCCGAAGCGGAGAAAGCUCGACAACAGAGAGAAUCUCCAGCAACUCUCCCACGAUGACUACACCAUCGGCUGGGUGUGCGCUCUUCCCAUCGAGGCAGCAGCAGCAACAGCCAUGCUGGACCAGAUCCAUCCAGCCUUGCCCACUCACCCGCGCGACAGCAAUUCGUAUACCCUCGGGUCCAUCGGCAGCCACCACGUGGUGAUCGCUUGUCUCCCCGCCGGCGUCUAUGGCACCACAUCAGCAGCGACUGUCGCUAGCAACAUGUUCAUCAGUUUUGGAUCAAUUUGUCAUCUACUUAUGGUUGGAAUCGGAGGAGGGGUGCCUUCUGCCUCGGCGGAUAUUCGGCUGGGGGAUGUUGUGGUCAGCAUUCCCACGCCCCGUUUCGAGGGCGUGGUGCAGUACGACUAUGGCAAGACCAUCGGACAAGGGCGCUUCGAACGAACAGGCACUCUGAACAAGCCAUCCACUUCCCUUCUGACGGCAGUCAAUAGCCUCCGGGCGGCGGACCUCCGCAAUGGCAGCCAAAUACCCGUCCUGAUGUCGCAGAUGUUGGCGCGUAAUCCGCAGAUGGCGGAAACGUUCACCUCCCCCGGCUGUCAGAGGGACCUUCUCUUUGCUUCAGACUUUGAACAUGACCCAGCGGAGCCGACAUGCGAACUUUGCGACCGUAAAAACCUGGUGACCCGGUCGACGCGCAGCUCCGAUCGGCCAGUUGUCCACUAUGGCCUGAUCGCAUCAGGAAACCAGGUGAUCAAGCAUGCACAAACGCGCGAUCAAUUGGCAGCGCAGCUCAAUAUUCUAUGCUUCGAAAUGGAAGCAGCCGGGCUGAUGGACAACUUCCCCUGUCUUGUCAUUCGAGGUGUUUCGGACUACUCGGACUCGCAUAAAAAUAAGGCAUGGCAGGGCUAUGCGGCUGCGACCGCCGCUGCAUAUGCAAAGCAGCUGCUUGCUACGAUCGGCGUCUGCGGCCAUGGGCCUAUCUCUGACUAUGCUGGUCCCGGAGUAAUCACGGCUGUCCAGCACCGCGCAUCGAUGAUGGAUGCUCUACGAUUUGAUCAACUCGAGAGCCGGCAAGCCACGAUAAAGCCCGCGCAUGCCAAAACCUGCAAGUGGCUUCUUGAGAAGCAAGAAUAUGUGGACUGGCUGGACAGCAAACAUUUCCCCGAGCACUGUGGCCUCCUCUGGAUCAAGGGUAAGGCAGGGAGUGGCAAAUCGACGAUGAUGAAAUUCGCGUUUCAACAGGCCGAUGCAAAGGUAAAUGCAGACACGAAGGUCAUCUCUUUCUUCUUCAAUGCCAGAGGUGAAGAUUUGGAGAAAUCAACAUUGGGAAUGUACCGAUCCUUGGUGGCGCAAUUGCUCGAAAAAGUCCCAGAACUCCGGAUGCUCCUCGACGAACUUGACAAUGGGAGUGGGGGCGAAAGUUAUCCCUGGAGCAAUGAAAUACUUCAGCACACCUUCCGCCGGUCGAUCUCACGACUUGGCGGGCGUCGUGUCAUCUGCUUCAUUGACGCCCUGGACGAAUGCGAAGAAGAAGAGGUCCGCGCCAUGAUUGAUUUCAUCCAAUCACUCGGAGAACAUGCAAUUUCAUCAAGGGUCCAGCUUAAUGUCUGCUUCUCAAGUCGACACUACCCCCAUAUUGCCAUCGAGAAGGGGCUGGAACUGAUUCUUGAGGAUCAGGAAGGUCACGCUGAUGAUAUUACUCGAUACCUGCACAGCGAACUCAAGAUUGGGCGCAGCAAGCAAGCCGAGGAAAUCCGACGCGAGAUACAUGAGAAGGCCUCGGGGAUUUUUUUAUGGAUAGUGCUUGUCGUGCAGAUCUUAAAUCGCGAAUAUCAGCGCGGUCGCUUGCAUGCCCUCCGCAAGAGACUUCGUGAGAUCCCGGCCAAGCUUAGCGAUCUUUUCAAAGAUAUACUGACCAGGGAUACUGUGAACAUGGAAGACCUCUUACUGAGUAUUCAGUGGAUUCUAUUCGCUAGACGACCGCUCAAACGAGAGGAGCUGUAUUUUGCUAUUCUUUCUGCAGAUCCCGACAAUUUGGCCGAGGCCUGGGACCCUGAAGACAUAAGUGAGCAGGACAUUGAUCGAUUCAUUCUAAGCACCUCCAAAGGACUGGCCGAGACAACCAAGUCAAAAGCAAAGACCGUUCAAUUCAUCCAUGAGUCCGUCCGAGACUUUUUACUGAAAGAAGAUGGAUUGCGCGAACUCUGGCCUGAGCACCAGGGGAACUUUGAGGCUUCAAGUCAUGAUCGAUUGAAGCAGUGUUGCAACAACACCCUUCUUUCCGAAGCUACUAGCAACAACAUUGCAGAGGAGGAGUAUAUUGAAUCGGCUUCGAGGGAUGAGCUCAAGACACUACGAGACUCUCUUUCUCAAAAACUCCCGUUCCUCGAAUAUGCGGUAUAUAAUGUCCUUCAACACUCUGAAGCCGCAGAGAAGGGUGGCGUCCGCCAGGGAUGCUUUCUUGGGAACUUCAAUCUCCCCCGCUGGAAGCGUUGCAGCAACGCUUUUGAGAAGUACAAAUCCCGUCGUCAUACGGACUCUACCUGUCUUCUUAGCAUCCUUGCAAAAGAUGACCUGUCGAGUUUAGUUCGGGUGAUUUGUAAAGACAAGCCAUGUGCUUCUAUACCGAGCACGCGUGACCUUGAAUUACUGGUUUCCUAUGCUGUCAGGAAUGACCAUAGGAAAUUUCUCGAUUUUAUCAAGCUGCAAGACGCUCCAGACUCCCCUACCGUUUGGAUCAAUAUGGCGCUCCGUUACACCAUUCAGUUUAAUCAAGAAGCUAUGUUCGCGAGCCUAUUGACAGAUAUCCAUGUUAACCUCAAUCUAUUGGAUAAAGAUGGGAAGCAAUAUAUACAUUACAUCAUCCAAUACGGCCGCAGCUCCAUGUUCGACCGAAUAUUGGCCAUGCACGAGAUUGAUCUGAAUAUAGCCGAUGGAAAAGGAAACACGCCUCUACAUUAUGCCAUUCAGUUUGAUCGAGAAGCCAUGUUCGAGAAGCUAGUGACAAAUACUCAUGUUAACCUCAAACUACCGAACAAUAAUGGACAGCACUAUUUACAUUCUAUCAUCCAAUAUGGCCGCAACUCCAUGUUCAAUCAAAUAAUAAAUAUGCGUGAGAUUGAUUUGAAUGCAGCUGAUAGGAAUGGUGAUACGCUUCUGCAUUACGCCAUUCGGUUUGACCGAGUAUUUAUGUUCCUCAAACUUCUUACUAUGGAUCAGGUUAAUUUGAGUGCUCAGACUGGGGAUAGACAAACUCUACUACACUAUUACAUACAGUACAGACGGAAGAAAAUGUUUGAUUUAUUGGUAGCGAGAGACAAAGCCGAUGUCACUGCCUUCUUAUUCUCUGCCAUCGAGCUUGAUGACGAUCUUGUGUUCAAUCGACUGUUAGCGACACAGCCUGUUGAUGUCAAUGCCAUGAACAAAAGGGGCAAGACGCUGUUGACACUGGCAGUCGAACGCUUAAAUCUUGCUAUGAUCGAGUCGCUCUUGAAAACAAGUUGCACGGAGGUACUCCUCUCAGACGAAGAUUGGAACAGAACGCUCAAAGGCGCAGCACGAGCCAGAUGUGGUGAAGUUGUAGAGCGACUAGUUAACAUGGAUGACCUCUUUCCCCGCUUGAAUAGUCAGUGCGCAGGAGCCGUACUGGUCUACGCUGCAUGGGGUGGCAAUAAAGCCCUUGUGGAUAAGGUGCUAGCUACAGGGAAGGCAGAUCCGAACACAAAGUGCUCAGAUGGGAUGACACCACUAGCAUACGCUGCAUCUAGCGGCUACGCAGACAUCGUCAUCCAGCUACUCUUGAAAGAAAGCGUUGAUCCUGAUGCUAAGGAUAGUGAUGGAAGGACACCACUUACACACGCUGUAUCUAGAGGCCACGUAGCUAUCGUGCGCAUACUUCUGUCUACGGGAAGAGUCGACCCUGACCACAAAGAUAUGCGUGGAAAUACGCCCUUUUCUGAAGCCGCGGCAAACGGCCAUGAAGAUGUGGUUCGCCAGUUUCUUGCAAUCCGAAGAGUCAAUGCUCUCUCGGAGGAUCUCGGGGCGCAGAUGGCAUUGUCAAUAGCGAAGACAAAGGGCAAGGGCAGAGCUGUGAAGAUACUGGAGGACUGGUUGGAAAAUACUUCCAUUUAUUCUGAGCAAUAA